AUGUUCAUAAACGUCAAAGAUCAUCAACCUUCAUCCGCAGUACCGUUUUGGGUGACUCGUUCUCACAAGUACAACGACCGUGACCACGCCGGCUUGGCCGAUGGCACUGCUUCACCUCAAGAACACCUGCCUCGCUAUUUUGCGAAGCAUGGCCACGAGGGCGUCGACCCAAAGAAGAUUAAGAAGAAUGGCGGUGGCAGAAGUAACUGGGGCAACGCUGGCGAAGAAGUUGUCGAUGAGGACUUCCGCUUCACUAAUGCCCGCCGCCGCACCAACAGUAGCGGCUACGCCGACAACCUUCAGGCUUUCAAGACCAAGUUCGACGUCAACGAGACCGAGCCUGUCUUCGAGGAGUCUCUCCAUGGCCCCAACGAUGAAGACGGUGAGGAUCUGACCAAGACCGAGACCUCCGAGAGUGGCGGUUCCUCUUACGGUGAUGACAAGAUCACCAAGCACUAA